UUUUUUUUUUUCUUUUCUGGGUUAAAAAAUAAAUAAAAGGGGUGGGAGAGACAUAGUAGUGUUGAAUAAUUAAUUUUCGGCAGCAUUCAUGAAAUAGCUUGUAAUUGAAUAGCAGGAUAAAUAAUGAUUUCGCCGUGGGACCGGUGGUACUCGACGAGCUGCUGCCUGUGCUGCCAUGUACGGACGGGCACCAUUAUUCUGGGAAUAUGGUACAUGCUCAUCAACGCCGUGGUCCUACUCAUCUUGUUGUCGGCUCUCAAUGACCCAAUUCAAUACCGCUACCACCUUACCAGCUCCGAGCUGGGAACCGACAUUGAUGUCAUGGACGAUGCAAAUAUCUGCAUCGCCACCGCGAUAUCCCUACUCAUGAUUCUUAUAUGUGGCAUGGCAACAUAUGGUGCUUACAAGCAACACGCAGCUUGGAUCAUUCCAUUCUUCUGCUACCAAAUCUUCGACUUUGCCCUUAACACACUGGUAGCCAUUAGUGUGGUGGUUUAUCCCAACACGGUGCAGGACUACCUCCAGCAGCUGCCGGGGACAUUCCCUUACAAAGAGGACAUCAUGUCCACCAACAACAUGUGCCUAGUUUUUGCAGUCCUCCUUUUCAUUGGAUGCAUCCUCUCCUUCAAGGUUCUGCUCCCACCGUACGAGGAGGCCAUUGCCAUACCACCGAAGGAGCCCCCUCCCCAGUAUAUGGAGGCAUGAGAGACACCCCAGCUGCUGGAUCCUAUACCCGAAAUAUAUACCUAUACCCAAUACCUACUACAUCUCCCUCCAACAGUAGGACCCCGAUACUGGCUGGAACGUGUUGAAAAGCAAGACCAAACAAUGUCGUAGAGGCCGCUUUCAGCUUGGAUUCCUGCCAAUCUUAGAUUAGAUUAGGCCAACCCUGAGCCAGUAUUGCCAUCAACUCUCCCCCCUUACCCCACCCCCAAACACCACCCUUGGUUGUUGUGACGUAUUUUCCUCCCCCCUUGUCUCCUAUGUCCCGCUCCAAGGGCAAUAUCGGAGCAACUUCAUCCGCCACCACCAGCCCUCCCCUCUUGGCAGUUGCUGUCCCCCUGGCAGCAUCUAAACUCUUGCACGCCCCGAACACUCUGUCCCAACUUAAUUUGCACUUUUCUCUGAGUGAAACGUGCACCGGUCAGGCCACCAACUGUUAACCCCCGAUACUGUGAAUCUCCCUCGUGGUCUUUGUCUAGAAACAAACUACCUGAAGAGAGAUAGCGACAGAGAGAGUGAGAAGGAAAGCGACAUACACGAUCAGUUAUGCAAGAGCACUUUUUUCAGAAAUCGACGAAUUUCCUUCAUUGAAUGUAAUGUUGAGGUAUUUUUGUAUGACUUUUUUGUAUAACAGUGAAAACUGAGAGAAAAUGAAGUGAGUAGUGAAAGGCUGUUCUGUUGUGGUGAAAUAUCAUCUGCGUACUGGUGUAGUUUGUCUUGCAGGAAAUCCCAAUCGAAGGAAAGGGUUCCUCGACCAAUAACAACUGCGUCUUCCUUUUGUAUCCAUGUUACAAACUGUGUAAACUUGUAACCCAUUGACUGCCAGUGAGAACCUCGUUCACCCAUUGAUUUCUACCACCAUAUUCCAGUUUGCCUUCUGGUCCAUUUCCUGUCUUUUCCGAGAACUCAAAACAUUAAGAAAGACUGGCAUUAAUGUAUCAGUCCAGUGAAGCACUUAUCACAAACAUACACACUACAGAUCCAAAUCCAAAAAGGCAGUACACACUGUAAAAUGUGUAAACAGAGUGUGAAAAUGUUUAAGUGAAGUCCUUUUUUCCCCGUUGAGUUGCAGCUGCAACAGCAUCGUCUGUGUCUUUUAUUGUUUUUGUUUUUUUACAUGGAUCAUGGUGUAUAAUCUGAUCUUUUUAGUUGAGCUAACUUAGCUGGACUGAGGGCAUGUGUGUGCGUGUGUGUGCGCGUGUGUGCUUGCCUGAGUACUAUGAUGUAACUCCUAGGUCCUUUAUAUGUAGUAACUUUUUUUUUUUUUGCACAUGCAGUGAUAUCAUGUUGAGAUAUUUCCUAUGCUGGUGACCUUUUUUAAAAAAUGAACGAUGGAUGGGAAUCUAAAGCCGUGAAUUAGCUUAGUAUAGUAGCACAAAAUCAAUAUACACAAUAUGAAGCUAGAUGCUUGUAUUUUGUAACUAUUGAGGCAACAAGUUGAGACAUAAUAAUGGAGCAAACAAUAUUAGAUAUACCUAAUCCAUUUUUUUCUGCAAUAAUUCCUAAGUAGUGUUUGCUAUCAGCAGAAAGAACUUUAAAUAAAAAAACAUUUUGUCAUUCGGACUAUGCAACAGUGCAUCCAACAACCCGUUAGACCUGGAAAUACACGUAGUAUUCCAUUUGAUACUAAUACUGUAGUUGAUAAUGUAGUCAUCUGUUGGCCCUUUCAUCGUUGUCCCUGUGUGAAUUACGACCACUGCUUCUGCAAAUCCAACAAAGCUGAAAAUGAAAUUGCACUUUAAAGUCAGCGUAAGCUCACUGAGAACCGAUGUGUUUGUGUUGUGUUCAUGUUUACCACGGUAUGCUGUAGCUAGGUGGUUUCUAAUAUGAGCAGCCACAGGCUUCUAAAACAUCACAUUUACAAAUCAAUAUUUCCAUUUGCGAUGUGACUGAAGGAGUAUAGAUUAUAUACUAUCUGGACUUGUUUUUUGGCUCAUUUUAUUAGAAUCACUUCAAGACUGUUCUCCAUUGCUUUCCAUUCACACACAUCCUCUUGUUGGAUCUGCAUGAGCUCAUGUCUUCAAUUCUGAAUAAUAAAAAGCAAAAU